UUCGCGCGAAAAAGAGAGAAACAGCAAGUUUCCUUGCAGGAGAGAGAAAGUACCAGGAGCUGCAGAAUGGCCGAUUCUUCCGAGUCCUACAACAUUGCCACUAGUCCCAGCCAGGCAUCCCGGCAGGGUGAUCUGACGUCCAGCCCCGGCAGAGAUCUGCCCCCCUUCGAGGAUGAGUCCGAGGGCUUGCUGGGAGAGGACCCCCUCCCCGAGGAGGAGGAGGAGGAUGGAGAAGAGCUGAUCGGGGAUGGGAUGGAACGGGACUACCGGGCUAUUCCAGAGCUGGACCGCUACGAGGAGGAGGGGCUGGACGAUGAGGAGGAUCUGUCGGAGCUCUCGCCCGGCGCCCGAGCCGCAGCCGAGGAAGCCAUGAGGAGACGGGACCAGGAGAGAGGAUUGGGGGGGCGUCUAAGAAGGGGGCUGCUGUAUGAUAGCGAGGAUGAGGACGAAGAGCGGCCAGCCCGCAAGCGGCGGCUGGCGGAGCGCGCGGCGGAAGGCGCCGCGUCCGACGAGGACGACGAGAUCAUCGAGAGCAUCGAGAAUCUGGAGGACAUGAAGGGCCACACGGUGCGGGAGUGGGUGUCCAUGGCCGCCCCACGCCUGGAGAUCUACCACCGCUUCAAGAACUUCCUGAGGACCCACGUGGACAAGAACGGCCACAACGUCUUCAAGGAGAAGAUCAGCGACAUGUGCAAAGAGAACAGAGAGAGCCUGCUGGUGAACUACGAGGACCUGGCUGCUCGGGAGCACGUGCUGGCCUACUUCCUGCCGGAGGCGCCCACCGAGAUGCUGAAGAUCUUCGACGAGGCGGCCAAGGAGGUGGUGCUGGCCAUGUACCCCAAAUACGACCGCAUCGCUCGCGAAAUCCACGUGCGCAUCUGCAACCUGCCGCUGGUGGAAGACCUGCGCUCCCUGAGGCAGCUGCAUUUGAACCAGCUGAUCUGCACCAGUGGGGUGGUGACCAGCUGCACAGGGGUCCUGCCUCAGCUCAGUAUGGUCAAGUACAACUGUAACAAGUGUAACUUCAUCCUGGGGCCCUUCUUCCAGUCCCAAAACCAGGAGGUGAAGCCAGGCUCCUGCCCUGAGUGUCAGUCACUCGGCCCUUUCGAGAUCAAUAUGGAAGAGACUGUCUACCAGAACUAUCAGCGCAUCACUAUCCAGGAGAGCCCUGGCAAGGUGGCCGCAGGGAGACUUCCCCGGUCCAAAGAUGCCAUCCUCUUGGCAGACUUGGUGGAUAGCUGCAAACCUGGGGAUGAAAUUGAGCUGACUGGCAUUUAUAACAACAACUAUGACGGCUCCCUCAACACAGCCAAUGGCUUCCCCGUCUUUGCCACGGUUAUCAUGGCCAAUCACAUCGCCAAGAAGGACGACAAGGUGGCUGUGGGGGAGCUGACCGAUGAGGAUGUGAAGGCCAUCAUUGCGCUGUCGAAAGACGAGCGCACCGGAGAGCGGAUAUUUGCCAGUAUUGGUCCUUCCAUUUACGGGCACGAGGACAUCAAGAGAGGAAUUGCUUUAGCUCUGUUUGGAGGAGAACCAAAAAACCCUGGUGGCAAGCACAAGGUGAGAGGGGACAUUAAUGUGCUGCUCUGUGGAGAUCCUGGUACGGCCAAGUCCCAGUUCCUGAAGUAUGUGGAGAAGGUGGCCAGCCGGGCGGUUUUCACCACUGGACAGGGGGCCUCAGCGGUGGGUCUCACGGCCUACGUCCAGAGGCACCCCGUGAGCCGCGAGUGGACCCUGGAGGCGGGCGCCCUGGUGCUGGCCGACCGUGGGGUCUGCCUGAUCGAUGAGUUCGAUAAGAUGAACGACCAGGACCGAACCAGUAUCCACGAGGCUAUGGAACAGCAGAGUAUUUCCAUCUCCAAGGCUGGGAUUGUCACCUCCCUUCAGGCUCGCUGCACUAUCAUCGCUGCUUCCAACCCCAUUGGUGGUCGAUACGAUCCUUCGCUCACCUUUUCGGAGAAUGUGGAUCUGACUGAGCCCAUAGUGUCACGAUUUGACGUUUUGUGCGUGGUCAGAGAUACUGUGGAUCCUGUGCAGGAUGAGAUGCUUGCCCGCUUUGUGGUGAGCAGCCACAUCAAGCAUCACCCUGGCAACAAGGAAGUGGCAAGUGGGAGCUUGGAGGAGGUGGUCCUACCCAACACCUAUGGCGUGGAGCCCAUCCCUCAGGAGCUGCUGAAGAAAUACAUCAUCUAUGCCAAGGAGAGAGUGCACCCCAAGCUCAACCAGAUGGACCAGGACAAAGUGGCAAAAAUGUACAGCGAUCUGCGCAAGGAGUCCAUGGCCACGGGCAGCAUCCCGAUCACGGUGCGCCACAUCGAGUCCAUGAUCCGCAUGGCCGAGGCCCACGCGCGCAUGCACCUGAGGGACUACGUGGUGGAGGACGACGUCAACAUGGCCAUUCGGGUGAUGCUGGAGAGCUUCAUCGACACGCAGAAGUUCAGCGUCAUGAGGAGCAUGAGGAAGACAUUUGCCCGUUAUCUGGCCUUCAGGCGAGACAACAAUGAGCUACUGCUCUUUAUCCUGAAGCAGCUGGUAGCUGAGCAGGUGACGUACCAACGAAACCGUUAUGGAGCACAGCAGGAUACCAUUGAAAUACCAGAGAAGGACCUGGCUGAUAAGGCCCGUCAGAUCAACAUCCACAAUCUGUCUGCGUUCUAUGACAGUGACCUCUUCAAAAUGAACAAAUUCUCCCAUGACGUGAAGAAAAAGCUUAUUGUUCAGCAGUUCUGAUUCCCCCAACUGUGGCUCAGAGCGCUUUCUCAUGGACCUACCUAACAUGGGGCACGCGUUUUGCUCUCACUUGCUGACAUUGUCUGAAGACUGUGGUGUCUCAUGAAAUUUUCAGUGUCCCUGAAAUGGAAACUUUGUACUGGGCCUCACAAGACGAGGUUGGGAACUUAUCUCCUGUAAUGUGCCACAAUCCUUUCAGUUAUCAUCUACCUUCCAAAUUUGACAUGUGUAUUAAAAUCUUACGUGAAAAGAACUGUACACGUAAGGUUUUAUACCAAAUUUGUAUGUCUGCUAUUUUUAAUAUCUGAUUGAAAAAGUACAGCAGUGUCCAUUUAUUCAGCAUUUUGAUCUUUGUAUGUCCCAAAAUGUUCAAUUUCAGCUGUUUGUUGUAUCUCGUAGAGCGAAGGUUAUCCGAGUUAAAGAUGGACUGUACGACUUACUGUUAAAUGUCUUACAGUACCUUUCCCCUGCCGUUUUGAAAACGCGUGGUCUUUUAUUCUGCUCCAAUAGUAUUUUGCAUUUUGAAAUCCAAAUACUGGCAUUGCUCUUAUACCCUAAUCCAGUAAUUAGGGCCCAGAUCUGCUGUGAUGUUUUUGUUAACCCUAUUCUUUUCAUACUAUAUUUUAGUAUUGAGUCACCUGCAGGUUUUCCUUGGUGAUGUGUAAUAUGCUUUGGUACAAGCCAGUUAACUCUUUAUCUGUAUUUUUCACAGAUUGUUUUUGUAUGUAAUGCAGAAUGUUUUUGCAUUGAUUAAGUUAACUGGGAACAAAUCUGAUGUGAGAUAAAAUGUGUAUACUAAGAGCUGUUUUUCUUACCUGUAAUGUUGCUAGAAUAAAGUUAAAAUUGUGAACAGCU